AUGGUGUACAUACGACAGGACAAGCUGCCGAAGCUUAGGGAGUACAAGUACUCUGGCGUGGAUCAUAGUCUGCUCUCGCAAUAUGUUCUCAAGCCCUUCUAUAACAAUGUGGUCAUAAAAUGUUUUCCCAUGUGGAUGGCACCCAACCUCAUAACACUCUCUGGUUUCGGAUUUAUCAUAGUCAACUUUCUUACCCUGCUCUGGUACACGCCAACUCUUGACCAAGAUUGCCCACCUUGGGUAUACGCCAGCUGGGCGAUCGGCCUCUUCCUCUACCAAACAUUCGAUGCUGUAGACGGCAGUCAGGCCCGCAGGACCCGUCAGAGUGGUCCUCUAGGGGAACUUUUCGAUCAUGGAGUUGAUGCGAUAAAUACGACAUUGGAAGUACUGUUGUUUUCUGCGACUAUGAAUCUUGGCCAAGGCUGGAAGACGGUUCUCACGCUCUUUGCAUCGUCGCUGACCUUCUACGUGCAAACCUGGGACGAGUAUCAUACACAUACGCUUACUCUUGGUGUGAUCUCUGGGCCGGUUGAAGGUAUCUUGACGUUGUGCCUUGUGUAUGCCGCAACAGCUUUCCUUGGUGGGGGCAGCUUCUGGCAACGUUCCAUGAUCCAAACUCUUGGAGUUAAAGAGCAGGGUCUCAUCCCGGAAGUUUUGUACAACAUGGCAUGGAAUGAGUGGUACAUGGUCUAUGGAGGCAUCGUGCUUGUGUUUAACACUGUCUCGAGCGCACAAAACGUAAUGAAAGCUCGUCGUGCCCGUGGUGAAAAGGCGCGAGUUGCUCUACUCGGUCUCCUCACCUUCGGCUCGGCUUGGGUCCUUAUUACGGCAUAUCUGUACCUGCAGCCCAUAAUCUUACACCACCAUCUGGUACCUUUCAUCUUCUACGCGGGUCUCAUCAAUGCGUACUCGGUGGGUCGCAUGAUCAUCUCCCACCUUACGAAAUCACGUUUUCCUCGAGGCAACGUGCUCAUAUACCCUCUCAUCUACGGAGUAAUCGAUUCGCUCGGGCCAUGGCUACAGGAGCACAUCGGGGUGGGCUGGCCAAGUGCCCUAGGUAACGAUGUUUACCAAGUCGCCUUUGUGUUCAUGUGCUUGGGUCUUGCCGUAGGCGUACACGGAAGCUUCAUCGUGGACGUCAUCUGGACAAUCUGCGAUUAUUUGGACAUUUGGUGUCUCACAAUCAAGUACCCGUACCAGCCAGUAGAAGAGAACAUGGAGAGGAAGGGACAAUGA